AUGGCGAGAAAUAAAAGACCAAAGACAGCAGAAGAAAUACGUAAACAAAAGAGAGAAUGCGAACGAAGACGAAGAGCUCGUAUUAAAGCUGACCCAGACUUGUAUGAAGCUAGUAAAAAAAUAGAUAACCAGCGUUAUGCAGAAAAACGACGCAAAAAACAGGUAAAACUAGUGUCCGAAAUGACUCCGAGAGAACGGCGUGCUAAGCAACGUGAAUGGCGAGAACGUAAAGCUAGGAGUAGACAGAAUAAAAAACGCGACUACUACAAAAUUUGCGAGAGAAUACUCCGGAUUCCAUUGCUGAUGACCAAAACGUGGCGAGCCCUUAUUUUCAACAAAAUGCGUCUUCCCUUUCUCAACCUUUGUCUCCUGCUUCUUCAAUUUCCAGAAGGUCGUUUGUUAGUCCUGGAUCGUCGUUCUCCAGAGAAGAAUGUCACACACCUUCUCAUAGCUCUAAUAUAA